AACCAGGAAGCAGGUCCUCCAGAGACCAGAACCAGUAAACAUGUCCAGCAGAGACCAGAACCAGGAAGCAGGUCCUCCAGAGACCAGAACCAGGAAGCAGGUCCAACAGAGACCAGAACCAGUAAACAUGUCCAGCAGAGACCAGAACCAGGAAGCAGGUCCACCAGAGACCAGAACUAGGAAGCAGGUCCAACAGAGACCAGAACCAGGAAGCAGGUCCAGCAGAGACCAGAACCAGGAAGCAGGUCCUCCAGAGACCAGAACCAGUAAACAUGUCCAGCAGAGACCAGAACCAGGAAGCAGGUCCACCAGAGACCAGAACCAGGAAGCAGGUCCAACAGAGACCAGAACCAGGAAGCAGGUCCUCCAGAGACCAGAACCAGGAAGCAGGUCCAACAGAGACCAGAACCAGGAAGCAGGUCCUCCAGAGACCAGAACCAGUAAACAUGUCCAGCAGAGACCAGAACCAGGAAGCAGGUCCAACAGAGACCAGAACCAGGAAGCAGGUCCACCAGAGACCAGAACCAGGAAGCAGGUCCUCCAGAGACCAGAACCAGUAAACAUGUUCAGCAGAGACCAGAACCAGGAAGCAGGUCCUCCAGAGACCAGAACCAGGAAGCAGGUCCUCCAGAGACCAGAACCAGUAAACAUGUCCAGCAGAGACCAGAACCAGGAAGCAGGUCCUCCAGAGACCAGAACCAGUAAACAUGUCCAGCAGAGACCAGAACCAGGAAGCAGGUCCAGCAGAGACCAGAACCAGGAAGCAGGUCCUCCAGAGACCAGAACCAGGAAGCAGGUCCAGCAGAGACCAGAACCAGGAAGCAGGUCCUCCAGAGACCAUAACCAGGAAGCAGGUCCAACAGAGACCAGAACCAGGAAGCAGGUCCAGCAGAGACCAGAACCAGGAAGCAGGUCCUCCAGAGACCAGAACCAGGAAGCAGGUCCACCAGAGACCAGAACCAGGAAGCAGGUCCACCAGAGACCAGAACCAGUAAACAUGUCCACCAGAGACCAGAACCAGGAAGCAGGUCCACCAGAGACCAGAACCAGGAAGCAGGUCCACCAGAGACCAGAAUCAGGAAGCAGGUCCAACAGAGACCAGAACCAGUAAACAUGUCCACCAGAGACCAGAAUCAGGAAGCAGGUCCAGCAGAGACCAGAACCAGGAAGCAGGUCCACCAG